UUUCAUCAAAUAGGCUUUUGUAUUAUCAUUUACGUGCUCUGUAUUUUGAAGUGGUGUACACUGAUAUAACUACCGUUUAUUAAUAGCCUGUAAUUUCUUCUGUUUAGACCUAUCAUCUACUUGUUGGUUCAAGAGAAAACUCAGCCCAAUGAGCUUAUGCAUUAAAAUCCCAGUAUUAGUAGCUAGAUCGUUUAUUCUUAGUAUCUUUAAGAUAUGAACUGGACUGUGUGCGUAGUCUUAAGUGUUAUCGAAAGUUACUCUGCACACUUAACCGCUCUACAUAUACAAAAAUCUAUUUCUUUAAUCUCAUUAAAGGCAAUUCUUGGGUGAUUUUUUUUAUCAGACCACUGUCAUGGUAAGGACAUUUCAAGUCUAUUUAGGAGCACAAGGAAGUAGCUCAACGCGAAGCAACAGCAGCAAUAGCAGUUGCAGUAACAGUAGCGAUAGUGAUGACCGUACCUACAGCUGUGUACAUUGUCGCGCUCACCUUGCUCGUCAUCAAGAUCUUAUUUCCAAGUCAUUUCAAGGAAGCCAAGGUCGCGCAUAUUUGUUCGAAACAGUCGUGAAUGUAUCGUGUGGGAAACCAGAAGAAAGGCUCCUACUCACCGGUCUCCAUUCUGUGGCAGAUAUCUACUGUGAUUGUUGUCAUACAGUAUUAGGUUGGAAAUAUGAACAAGCGUUUGAAUCUAGUCAAAAGUAUAAAGAAGGCAAAUAUAUCAUUGAAUUAGCUCAUUUAAUUAAAGACAAUGGAUGGGAUUGGGUAGUUUCUGAAUUAGAACAACGAAGACCUUAUUGA